AUGGGGUCCUCACAACCGUCCGUGGUUGCUCCUCCUUCACCUUCUGAAAACCCUUCUCUAUCGCCGUAUGUCGCUGCCUUAGCCCUCUCGUCCCCCGUCCUGUCCGUCAACGAUGAAGACACUAGUAGCGAGGAUGGAUCUACCCUCCUUUCCCCCCCUCUUGCUUCCCCCGCUGCGCCGAUCUUCCGCUGCCGCUUCCGCACGCCGCUGUUCGGCUGCGUGGCGCUGGACGCGGUGCAGCGGGAGGUGCGCGGACGGCGCGAGCUUGCGGAACGGGGAGCGCUGCAGGCGCAGGGGGAGGGGGGGCGGAAACAGCAGGCGGGGAAGCAAACUGCAGCGCAUGACAGGCGGAAACCGGCGCAGGAAGGUGGAAAGAAGGAGAUGAACGAGCGGCGGCAAAGAGCGGAAGCAGCAGCGGAGGGGGAGGACGCACCGCGCAUCAGCCACGAUCUCGCCAUGUUCGUCGGAGGGCCCAUCUGGGCCGUUGAUUGGUGCCCUCUCCCUCGUUACAGUCACACCCAGUACCUCGCCGUCGCCUGUCACCCGCAUCUGCGCCCAUUCUCCCCCCUCGGCGUCCCCCUGCGCGGACCUGCGCUGGUGCAGGUGCGCCCUCAAGAACCCGACCCUAAACCCCUAAACUCUGAACCCUCAAAACGAAAUGGCACCUCUGCCAUCCCUCUCCAUCCUUGUUUCGACUCUCUUUCCAUCCCCCUUCCUCUCUUUCCAUCCCCCUUCCUCUCUUUCCACCCCCCUUCCUCUCUUUCCACCCCCCUUCCUCUCUUUCCAUCCCCCUUCCUCUCUUUCCAUCCCCCUUCCUCUCUUUCCAUCGCCCUUCCUCUUGCUCGGCACUCAUGCGUGUACACAGUAAGCCACUUUCCUUGCUCCUCUCGCUGCCCCUCUCCUGCUUCCUUUAUCCCCGCCGGCAGCUAUCACGUGCCACUACCACAGCAACACAGCACCCGGUGGCAAGGCAUUGGACAGCAGCACCAAAAGCAGCCCGGGCAGCAGCAGAAGCAACAGCACAGUCACAUGGGUCACCAGUCGGCAUCCCUGCUCCAGCCUGCGCCACACGGCCCUCUGCUCGCCCUGCAGCCCGUCUUCCAGUGGAAGUCCAACCCAGCCCAUGGCCCCACCAGGCUCCCCUGUGAGCUCGCAUGGAAGGUGGAUUCAGCCCCCUCAUCACCAGCCACACCUCGUUCCCCACAUCGCGCCACCGACCUGCUUGCUGCCGGCUUCCAGGAUGGUUCCGUCCGUAAUGACCCUUCCCGCCUGUAA